GCGACGCGCGAGGCACCUUGGCAGCAUGGCGUCGGUGGCGCUCAGCGAGGCGGAGAAGGUGUACAUCGUCCAUGGCGUCCAGGAAGACCUCCGUGUGGAUGGCCGUGGCUGCGAGGACUACCGGUGUGUUGAAGUGGAGACCGACGUGGUGUCCAACACCAGUGGGUCUGCCAGGGUCAAACUGGGCCACACAGACAUCUUGGUGGGAGUGAAAGCAGAAAUGGGGACGCCGAAACUGGAGAAGCCAAAUGAAGGCUACUUGGAGUUCUUUGUCGACUGUUCAGCCAAUGCUACCCCUGAAUUUGAAGGUCGAGGAGGUGAUGAGCUCGGCACAGAGAUUGCUAACACACUGUACCGGAUAUUUAGCAAUAAGAGCAGCAUCGACCUGAAGUCCCUCUGCAUCCAUCCUCGUGAGCACUGCUGGGUUCUCUAUGUAGACGUGCUGCUGCUGGAAUGUGGCGGAAAUUUGUUUGAUGCCAUCUCCAUUGCUGUAAAGGCUGCUCUCUUCAAUACAAGGAUACCAAGAGUUCGUGUUCUGGAGGAUGAGGAGGGGUCAAAGGACAUCGAGCUGUCUGAUGACCCUUAUGACUGCAUCCGGCUGAGUGUGGAGCAUGUCCCCUGCAUCGUCACUCUGUGUAAGAUUGGCUGUCGGCACGUGGUGGAUGCUACUCUCCAGGAAGAGGCCUGCUCCUUGGCCAGCUUGCUGGUAUCUGUGACCAGCAAAGGGGUCAUGACAUGCAUGAGGAAAGUGGGGAAAGGCAGCCUGGAUCCAGAGAGUAUCUUCGAGAUGAUGGAGACUGGCAAGCGAGUGGGCAAGGUGCUGCACACCUCCCUGCAGAGUAUCCUGCAUAAGGAAGAGAGCCUCGGGCCCAAGAGACAGAAAGUCGGAUUCCUGGGAUGACUGGCUCAUCACCCCCAGCUGUGGAGUGUUGGUUGUUUUUUUUUGUUUUUUUUUUUGUUUUUUUUUUUACUUUCAAGUCAAGCUGAAGUUUGUAUAUAUUUUAAGAAUUUGAAGUAACAUUUGUACAUGUAAAAUUAAAGUCUAUUUUCUCAUCUGGUUUGGAUGGCUAGAAUUCUUCAACUCUUAAGCCAGGAUGCCAGUUGGUGACGCCUUGAAGGUUUGGUCUUUCCCUAGUGGAAGGCAUCCAAGCCCAGUGACGUGUUCCAAGGGAGAGGGCUCUGGGCAAGGGCCUCCCCAAGGGAGGCCUUUAUCUCCUGCUGCAGAAAUUCAAAACCAACGAGAAGGCUGCCACAGGAAAGACCAGGAAGGGCAGGGGAAAGGACCUGGUGGAAAGCGUCUAAAGGAAAUGUUCAUGACAUGUAUUUUGUGAAUUGCUCCCCCUCCCCCUGCCACCCCUCCCAGCCCAGGGUUUUCAGAAUCACCAUAAGGUUCAUUCACUUGUGUAUUUGUGUGUUCUGGGGAAAGAGGAAGCCAGGGCGCACUCUGCCAGGAGCCUGCCAGGCCUUGGGAAGUGCAGUUCUUCCCGCCCUCUGAGAGCAGGCAGCCUCCCUCGGGUGGGGGCUUAGCAGCCACUUUGGUGCUUAACCAACCUUAUCACUCAUGUUUUAAAAUUGCUUUGUGCUCUAUGACCACUCCCUGGAGUUUCGUAAGAUUUUCUUUUUCAGCAGCAUUAAGAAGACUGUUUCUGAGAUGCUAUCAUGUGAUUAUUAAUCUGCCUUCAUGCUCUGGGGACAGUCAGGAAGCCAUUCUCAACAGCUCUGGGGGCGCUUCCUGUAACUGUUUCUACUCACGGUGCAGUAUGUGCAGCGAAGGCUGUUCAUGAUUGAACAGUUUGUGUUUUUCUUUUCCAGGGGAACUGAGACUCCCCAGUCAGUUUUUUAAGAGCCCUGGUGUGGGAACUGAAUCAGGAGGGAGACGAUUUCAGCCAUGGCAUUUGCUGUCUGCAUUUCAGUUAGACAAAUAGGGUAAGGAGUUAGGAAUUUAUUGCCUGAUGGAAAGAACAUACUGUGAGCUGAAGCCCUAGCAGACUGGUUCCAGAGGUCCUGGCGUGGGCACCUCUUCCUGGCAUGGCCAGGUCUGACCCUGUGGAGAGAAGUAGCUGCCCAGAUUUGCUCUCGGAACUUCUGUCCCAUCGAGAGUACAGCAUGGGUUUUCAUGUUGUAUAUUUUCCAGUGACUGUCCGUACCAGCGCCAUGGUGGUGUUCCCAGCAAGGCAGUCAUCCGCCUGUCCUCUUCUCCCUUGCUCCUGGUUCACUGCUGUGAUGAAACAGUGGCAGUUGGGGUACAGAGAUGCAGCCAGAGUUCGAAUAGUUUAGAAGCCUUCAGUCUUGAUAAUUAAAGCCAUCAGGAAAAUGAGACAGAGGAGGCUCUUCCAGCCCAGCUGUAUGUCAGUUACCUGGCUGGACUGACUGGCUAAGCAGUUAGCGUGAAAAUAAACGGAGAGAUAAAAUAAAGGCAGGAGUGAGGUCUGUGAGUAUCUGUUGCUGUCACCCCAUACCUUUCCUUGAAGGUCACUCCUACCUGUACUAAGUGUACUUUACAAAGAAACAAAACAUCUAGUGAACAAGUUCUCUCCGAGACAGCAUGUAUGGGAAAUAUCUGAUUUGCAGCCCUCAGGAAGAAUAUGAGGAGAGAAAAUUGCAGACAGACUAGCCAAAAGCACUGCCCUGGAGAGACUCACUGCCUUUUGCAGCAGAACCAGUUGUCGGAAGUAGCCAUUCAAUAAAAAUCAGGAUGAAGAACAUCAGAGUCGAUCAAAAGGCAAAUAAGAACUUGGGGCUGGGGAAAGUAAGGGAAGAACUCAUAUAGCUCACUGGCAAAACCCUCCAUUUAAAAAAUGGGGAGGCCUAAUGCACAUUUUUUCCAAAGAAGAUAUAAGUAAGGCCGAUGGAUCCAUGAAAGUUGCUCAACAGCACUAAUCAUUAGGAAGAUGCGAAUUAAAAUCAUGACUAUGUGAAAGGCUGUUAUGUAGAGAACAAGAAUCAGCAUAGGAUGGCACUGACCAGGAGAAAAGGGAGCCCCCAUGUGGGAUUGUCAGUGGUCACCAUUAUAGAUCACAGUCCUCAAAAUUGAACAUAGCACUACCCUAUGAUCCAGAAAGCCCAGUUUCCGUUUAGGAAGACAGCCAAAGGAAGCAAAACCACUAACUUGAAAAAAUGUCUGUGCCCUCAUUGAUGGAUCCUUAGGUUGUUUUCAUAACUUGAUUGUUGUAAAUGAUAAACACAUACACUGGAAUGUUAUUCAACCACCAAAAAAGAAGUCUUACCCUUUGUAAAACAAUAAUGGACUUGGGGGGCAUUAUACUUAGCAGCACUAUGAAGCUAUUAGCAGCCACUGCAGCACAAGUUCAAUUCCCAGCCAGGGAGGU